CUGGCAACGUAAGGCACUGAAAGAUUCCUCCACUCGCAGUGGCCGCCAACUUUUCUUUUCGCGCCUGUGUAUAUUAAGAAAGUGUAGGUGAAAUGUAAGCGAGCCAAAAAUGCCUGGAAGAAAUUCCACUCUGGAUAUCUUACAUGCAGAGAAAACACCACCAGCCAUCUCUGCUAUCAGGAACUGGUGGAAUACCCACCAGCUGGAUAAAUUGGACACCAAUGACUCCAACAUAGAGGAAGAUGAGGAGGAACUGGCAGGGAGGAGGCUGUUAUCUUUAAAGCUAAGUCAGACUCUGCGGACCAGGCAGCUGCUCAUAGACUUUGAUGGUGGCAGACCUAUUUUGAGUCUCAGGGCACCGCUGGACCUGGUGAACUUCCCAGCUAUCUCCCACCCCCGUUGGCCUGUAGAGUGUGAGGUCAUCAGUGAUAUCAUCCAUCACAUAGAAUGGGACCCCCCAGAGCCAGAGCCUUUCUACCAGUACACCGGACAUGAGAGGACACCGAUGCCAGCAGGAGAAGAGAGGGGGAAAGUGGUGUACUGCAUUGAUCAUGCCCUUAAACGUCCUUAUUUCACCUGCUCCUGUGUCGGAGGAAGCAGGGGGCCCAUUAAAAGCGCUACUUCUUACAGCAAUCAGACAGACUUCACCCUUGAGUUUGAGUCACGCUUUGAGAGUGGGAACCUUCAGAAGGCUGUGCAAGUGGGCAUCUAUGAGUAUGAGCUUACCCUGCGCACAGACAUUUACACCAAAAAGCACACGCAGUGGUUUUACUUCAGGGUCAAGAAUAUGAAGGCUGGAGUGACCUACCGCUUCACUAUCGUCAACUUGAUGAAGAGCAGCAGCCUGUAUUCACACGGUAUGAGACCCCUCCUGUACUCUGAGAGGGCUGCCAAUGAGGAAGGUGUUGGAUGGCAACGCAUCGGCUCCAACAUCAGAUACUACCGUAACUGCAAUCGGAAUACAAAGGACAACAACAGCGACACAAUCACCCUGUACUCACUCACCUGGACUCUCCAGUUCCCUUAUGACUCUGACACCUGCUACCUGGCCCACUGCUACCCCUACACCUAUUCACGCCUGCAGCGCUACCUCAGGUGCAUUUCCUCCAACAGAGCAGUUGCGUCAUACUGCACACUGCGGGUUCUGUGCCACAGUCUUGCUGGGAACGCCGUGUAUGUGGUGACAGUAACAUCCCGGGGGGGCGGCAGGGUGGAGGGUAAGGCCAAAAAGGCUGUAGUGGUGACAGCCCGAGUGCACCCUGGGGAAACCAAUGCGUCCUGGAUGAUGGAGGGGUUCCUCGACUUCCUGCUCGGUGACACGGAGGAUGCUCAGCUACUCAGAGACACUUUUGUCUUUAAGGUGGUGCCAAUGCUGAACCCAGAUGGUGUGAUAGUGGGCAAUUACCGCUGCUCUCUGGCAGGCAGAGACCUCAACAGAAACUACAAGACAUUGCUCAGGGAUUCCUUCCCUUGUGUGUGGCACACCCGAAACAUGGUGGAAAGGCUGACGGCUGAAAUGGACGUGGUUCUUUACUGUGACUUUCAUGGCCACAACCGUAAAAACAACGUCUUCAUGUACGGUUGUCACAGCCGAGGUGAUGCUGCACUGAAGCUUCAAGAGAGAGUCUUUCCACUAAUGAUGAGCAAGAAUGCCAGUGAUAAGUUCUCCUUCAAGAGUUGUAAGUUUCGGGUGCAGAAGAGCAAAGAGGGAACAGGACGAAUCGCCAUGUGGAGACUUGGCAUCAAAAACAGCUACACUAUGGAGGCCACCUUUGGAGGAUCGACUCUGGGCAACAGGAGAGGAACUCACUUUACCACUCGAGACCUGAAGUCCCUCGGCUUUUGCUUCUGUGACACCCUGCUGGACUACUGUGACCCAGAUCCAACAAAGACCACUUACUGUCUGACGGAGCUGGGAGCAUUGUUGAGGAAGGAGGUCAGAGACAGGCUGGGAAAAGAUUUGGGCACUGACUGUAACUUCUCUGUGUCUGACCUGGAAACCAGUACCGGUGGGUCAGAUAGUUCAGACUCUGAUGGACUCCCAGUCCAUUUACUGAACCAGCCACAAACAGAGUUGACCUCGUGCUCCUGGUCUCCACAGCAAACUCCAGUGAGGAAGAAAAAGAAACGCCUGAGGAGUUAUAAAGAGAGGAACAGGCUGCGACCAGAGAGAGUGAAGAAUAGCACGCAGCCAAAGGUGGUGCAAAGCAGCAUAAAAACCAUUGAGUCCAACCUGCCCCACGGGGACGUAGUUAAAGAGAGCAUUCAAGAGAGGCCUGUUGGAAGACACAGAAAAAAAUGGCAGGUAAAUGGCCUGAUAAGAAAAGCUGCGGUCCCUCCACCCACCACUCACACUGGGGAGGUCAGUCAGGUGACUCUGUGGCAGGGCUGCGAGCCUGUCAAGGACGAUGAAAACGUGAAAGCUGCAUGCCCACAUCACAAAGUAAAGGCAUGUCCACAUCUCAGCGUAUACACAGCUGUGUCACCUCACAAAGAGGACCUGGGGGUGGAUACAGGACAGUGGAGAUGCUCCUCUCAGCUGCUGCACCUGAGUGCUCUCCUUCCAACUUCUCCGAAUUUCAUGCAUUACAAUCAGCCACAGCAUCGCUGCCCCCGACAAUCCUCCAUCUCCUAUAAUGUCUACAGAGGGCUGCCACCUUCCCUCACAGCACCUCACAGGUCUCCCUCAUCUAUGUACGUCAAGAUGCUCCCAGACGUUGUUCCAACAAAGCGCUUGCUAUCAAGUUUCACCUCUGACAAGUUCAGUGCCCGGCAUAUCUUCAGAGACAGAAACGCUUUACGGGUCUCUAGUCGUUACUUUGUGCCUGAGGAUUCCUCCACCUCACACGCAGACAUAACCAAGACCAAACGGCAGAGUGAGGAACAGGAAGAAGACUCCUCAGAAGUUGGUUCGUCACUGAUGAGAUGUAUAACAGUUGGAGAGCAGAACCAGACAGCUCUCAGCCCUGACGUGCCCUGGAAAGAAACCGAAUUAAGCAGCAAUUUAUUUGUGCCUGUUGUGAGCAGCACAGACCUGAGAGGAAAAAGACUAUCCAGAGAGACUUUGGAGGACAAAGGACAUAUGGGUGUUUUAUCCCCUGGGUCAAAGCCUUCAGGCCUCAUGAAGAUGGAGCUUCCACGUUCUCAGAGUGACACCCUUGGUAGGCCUCAGGUUAAGGACAUCGGGCACUAUCGCUCUGGAAGAGAAAGCCAAAUAAGUACGGCAAUGAUCGCAAGGUCAUCACAGUCGGCCCCUCUGUAGGGCAUGAUAUUUAUCAUCUGGGAGCUACAGAUUAUUCUCUCUGUUCUCUAGCUGAUGAUGUUUAUCUCCUCUGAUGGAUCAGGAGAACUGCGUUUUUGCUAGAACUUCAACAAUUGUUUUAAACAACAGAUAUGCUGGGACAAAAUUGUCUAUUACUUCAUUCUGAUGCAGGUCAAACUUGUGUCAUGUGGAUAGAAGCACAAGCAGAUCUCCUGGCCCACCCAGACUGACAUCUUGCCCACCCAGUCAAUGUCAUUAAAACUCAUUCAUGCAGGAGGAAAAGUUCUUAAUUCUGAGAGGGUGGGCAAGCUGUUAAUCUGUCAGUCAGCAGACUGACAGCGAUAAGCAGCAGGUGGCGAUAAUUCUCCAUUCAGGUGCCGUUACUCCACUACAGAGUAAGAGGGCGCACCAAGACAAAUUUCAAACAGACCUCAAACAGUGACUAAUAGCAUCGAGAACAUGAUGGAAGUAUAUUUUUGUUUCAUAUCGUUAUUUGAGGAGUGUUUAUCUCCUCAUCACUCUGAUCUAGUAUUUUCAUCUGCCGUUAUUUUUUGCAGCAGAAAUGCAAGUCUUUAUGUCAAACUGUCAUCACACAGUAUAAAAAGAAAAUA